UUUUAACUAGUUGACACUAGCCAGAGAAGACGGCAGCAUCCUCUGUCCCGCACCAUCUUCAAAUUUUGCGUUAUGAUAUAAAUAGUCCUUCAUAUGAACGCCAAAGGAUCCGCAUUCUUAAAGCAACCUGUUCCAUCCCUUUUUCCACGCGUUUUCUUCAAUGCUUUGACAUCUGGAAUGUGCUGUUUUCUUGCAAGCGUUGUUUCCAUGCCAGCAUGGGAACUGCAGUGUCUAAAAGGAAGAAUCUGAGAAAUGAUGCGAUUUCUUCGGUGGCAGCCAAAGUUAGAGCAGCUCGUGCAUUUGGAGAGUACCUUCACACCCAUCCUGAGGACUGCAACGGAUCAGAUCACUUACUGUCUGACACCCUCGUUGGCCGCGACUCUGAUUCCCCAGACAGCCUGUGUGCACAGAACAACAACUUUCACAGCUGCACCCUCCAGGGCUCUUCCAUCAGCGACGACCCCAGCUUGAUCAACUCUCUCUUGGAACCGCCACCUCCGACGACUUCCUCCAAGAGCCGACUCUCCCUAGAGCGCAGCUUCUCGGCAGAGGAAGACCAGCAGAAGUGUGUGGAGUGCUCCCUGCAGCCUGCCCGGGUCUAUACCAUCACUGGAGAGAGCGGCAUGCUGGGAACCAGCCGGGGAAGCAAGGAGAACCUGGAGCUUGAGGUCUUGAAAGAGGGGCGGGAGGCGUGUCAUGGCCAAGUACUUGCCCAGCCCUCUACGUCCUCCAACUCGUCAUCUCCGACUCAGCGCCACCACCACCAUGGAAGCGGAAGUGGAAGCGGAAGCGGAAGCGGAAACCACCAUCACGGCAACCACCAUCAUGGCAACCACCAACAUGGCGGAAAUGGCGGAACCAGUGGAAGCAGCCCCCACCAGCACAUAUCCGGUGCUGGAACGUCGCACCAUCAACAGGGGGCAUCCCAUCACCACCACCACCUUUCCCAGCCUCUGCAGAGCUCAGUCAGCGCGCACAAUAUUCGCGGCUGGGGGGAGGGAAAGGACUGUGGCCUGGCGUGUGAGUCCUGUCCUGGGGCUCCAUCCCGCAGCCAGGGGUCCCUGGACCUGGAAAGCAGCACCCGAGAGGCAGGCAAGCAGCGCCGGCCACCACUAGAGCGGAUGUGCAGUGUGGACCGCAUGACUGGGCUGGAGAGAGACGAUAACAGUUGGUUCCCUAAAGAGAACAUGUUCAGCUUUCAGACUGCUUCCACAACUAUGCAGGCGAUUUCGAAUUUCCGGAAGCAUUUAAGAAUGGUGGGCAGCAGAAGAAUGAAAGCACAAACAUUUGCAGAGCGCAGGGCGAAGAGUUUCAACCGAUCCUGGAGCGAUCCGACCCCUGUCAAACAAGACUCGCUACACGACUCAAAAGACAGUGGCGAUCUGCAGACCACUUGCUGUACUCCAGACGAGGGCGGAUGUGAAGACAUGGACUGGGAGGAGGAGAGAGAGAUGGAGAGACUGGCAUGUGAGGGGGACGACUUCAUCCCUCCUAAAAUUAUGCUGAUCUCAUCGAAAGUGCCCAAAGCAGAAUAUGUUCCCAAUAUUAUUCGAAAGGAGGAUCCUUCUAUUAUACCCAUACUCUAUGAUCACGAGCAUGCGACGUUUGAUGAUAUUCUGGAGGAGAUUGAGAAGAGGCUGACAGCCUACAGGAAGGGCUCAAAGAUCUGGCGCAUGAUGAUCUUCUGUCAGGGCGGCCCAGGACACCUGUACUUGCUGAAGAAUAAAGUGGCCACUUUUGCCAAGGUCGAGAAAGAAGAAGACAUGAGCCAGUUUUGGAAACGACUAAGCCGGUUUAUGAGUAAAGUGAAUCCAGAGCCAAACCUGAUCCACAUCAUGGGCUGCUAUGUCCUGGGCAAUCCGAAUGGAGAGAAGCUGUUCCAGAAACUGAAGAACCUGAUGAGGCCUUAUUCUGUCAAGUUUGAGUCACCGCUGGAGCUCUCUGCUCAGGGCAAAGAAAUGAUUGAGAUGUACUUCGACUUCCGCCUGUUUCGACUUUGGAAAACCCGGCAGCACUCAAAACUCCUCGACUACGAAGAUCUCUUGUGACCCCGCGCGGGUCAGCCUGUAUCAUUGCGGGCAGGACGUCCCACUGUCAUUUUCGGAAAACAGGAGGAAAUGGAAAACGAGUGGAGACGGUCACAGCGAGUGUCGAGUAUUGUUUUUUUCAGCUCGUCUCUGCGGACUUCAACCACCCCCGAACGGUAACACACAAGAGACAAAUAGCAAAUGAUUCAAAAUGCAAGAGAAAUCCGGAUACAUGGAUGUUUCGGUUCUCUAAUGGAGAAAAGUGUUUUUUCUGGUUGACAAACAAGUUGUCGACUGUUUUCUUUUUUUCAACUAACAUAUCGCCAAAUGCUAUCGAUCACUAGCCGAGACAGUUGUGCUUUUGACAGAGUCCUGCGUGCAAUAUCAAGCCGCGCUGAAACUUACCUACCAGAACACAGAAAAUCGUCAUAUAUGAAAUAACUGCUAAUAUAUUGAUAUACAUACAGGAUAUACAUCUCAUGAAAAUAUAGAGUAGCUAUAGUCAUCCAAAUAAUAUAAAUGUCAAUGGUACACAAAUUACUUUUUCAGUGUUUAUUGUUGUGGUCUUUCUAAUGAACUUUUUUGAAUAACUCAGGUUUUAGCCUUUACGAAUAUGUUAAUUACUCCCCUAUCCAGAUGUGUGGAAGUCAUUUAGGUGGAAAGAAUGUACAUUCUGCCAACAUGUUUCUAUGUGCUUGUUUCAUAGGGUUAAGGAAUCUUUCAUCACUUUUCGUUUUCGGCAUAACUCGUGUCUCCUCAUUAGAUGCCAGUAUCUGUCCCUCCAUUAAAAAUAUAGACCCAUCAUACGCAGUCUCCAAACUGGGAUAUCGUGACUUCCAGUCAUAAUAAUAGAAACUCUGACCUCAAUAUAACCAGGCAUCUCCACCAGGUUCAUCUGAAGUGUCAGAAGGGACAUAGCAUUACACAGGGAGACGUUA